AUGUCUGAUGGCACCAGCAAGAGCGGCUCAAAGUCUUCUUUUCACUUCGUAGCUGGCCUCGGGUCGGGCGUCCUCUCAGCCGCACUCCUGCAGCCAAUCGAUCUUCUCAAAACACGGGUCCAGCAGUCCCCGCACCAAAACAUCCUCCGCACCGUCUCGGAGAUCCGCCACACCUCUCCGGCUGGCCUCCGUGGUCUUUGGCGCGGCACAGUCCCGUCAGCCUUGCGCACAGGUUUCGGCUCUGCCCUUUACUUCUCCACCCUCAACGCCAUCCGCAAGGCCGCCGUGCCCCUCUUCGCCCACGAUGCCGCUGCAACCUCCUCCCCGAGCGGCGGCAACAUCGCCAACAACAAGAACGACAGCAGCCGCCUUGUCAAACUCUCCAAUACAGGCAACCUCCUGGCAGGUGGCGUUGCCCGGGGUUUCGCCGGCUUCGUCCUCAUGCCCCUGACUGUCAUCAAGGUCCGCUACGAGAGUUCUCUGUACUCUUACCGCUCCAUCGCCGGCGCUGCGGCCGACAUAUUACGCAGCGAGGGUCCCCGCGGCUUCUUCGCCGGUUUCGGGGCCACCGCGCUCCGCGAUGCCCCCUACGCGGGGCUCUAUGUUUUGCUCUAUGAGCAGUUCAAACGGCGCUUAGGCGUCGUCAUCGGCAGCAGCUCAGCGCCAGAGACCUCCGAAAAUAAGAGGAUGGGCGUGUCACGAGCUGCCACUGUCAACUUUUCCUCGGGCGUCCUGGCUGCUGUGGCCUGCUCCGUCGUGUCGAACCCCUUUGACGCCGUCAAGACGCGCAUCCAGCUGCGGCCCGGGCGCUACCGCAACAUGGUGGUCGCCGCCAGGACCAUGAUGGCCGAGGAGGGCAUUCGAUCUUUCUUCGGCGGCCUGGGCUUGCGUAUGAGCCGGAAGGCACUUAGUUCCGCCUUGGCAUGGACGCUGUACGAAGAGCUUAUCAUGCGCGCUGAGGUGGGCUGGUCCCUGUCCUCGAGUCGGACUGAGAGGGCCAUGUGA